AUGACUGCAAUUUUAGAGAGACGCGAAAGUACAAGCCUGUGGGGUCGCUUCUGCAACUGGAUAACUAGCACCGAAAACCGUCUUUACAUUGGAUGGUUCGGUGUUUUGAUGAUCCCUACCUUAUUGACCGCAACUUCCGUAUUUAUUAUCGCCUUCAUCGCUGCUCCUCCAGUAGAUAUUGAUGGUAUUCGUGAGCCUGUUUCUGGUUCUUUACUUUAUGGAAACAAUAUUAUCUCUGGUGCUAUUAUUCCUACUUCUGCGGCGAUAGGGUUGCAUUUUUACCCAAUUUGGGAAGCUGCAUCUGUUGAUGAAUGGUUAUACAAUGGCGGUCCUUAUGAGCUAAUUGUUCUACACUUCUUACUUGGUGUAGCUUGUUAUAUGGGUCGUGAGUGGGAACUUAGUUUCCGUCUGGGUAUGCGCCCUUGGAUUGCUGUUGCAUAUUCAGCUCCUGUUGCAGCUGCUACUGCUGUUUUCUUGAUUUACCCUAUUGGUCAAGGAAGUUUCUCUGAUGGUAUGCCUUUAGGAAUAUCUGGUACUUUCAACUUUAUGAUUGUAUUCCAGGCAGAGCACAACAUCCUUAUGCAUCCAUUUCACAUGUUAGGUGUAGCUGGUGUAUUCGGCGGUUCCCUAUUCAGUGCUAUGCAUGGUUCCCUUGUAACCUCUAGUUUGAUCAGGGAAACCACUGAAAAUGAGUCUGCUAAUGAGGGUUACAAAUUUGGUCAGGAAGAAGAGACUUAUAAUAUUGUGGCUGCUCACGGUUAUUUUGGUCGAUUAAUCUUCCAAUAUGCUAGUUUCAACAAUUCUCGUUCUUUACACUUCUUCUUGGCUGCUUGGCCUGUAGUAGGGAUCUGGUUCACUGCUUUAGGUAUUAGUACUAUGGCAUUCAACCUAAAUGGUUUCAAUUUCAACCAAUCUGUAGUUGAUAGCCAAGGUCGCGUUAUUAAUACUUGGGCUGAUAUCAUCAACCGUGCUAAUCUUGGUAUGGAGGUAAUGCACGAACGUAAUGCUCACAACUUCCCUCUAGACCUAGCUGCUCUUGAAGUUCCUUACCUUAAUGGAUAA